AUGGGAGCGCAACCCCCUCGCGGGGGUUGGCCCCGCCUCCCUCGUCUAUAUAAGAGUCGCGAUGUCUCCUCCGCACCGUCACUCGCACCCGGAACACCGUCGACUCGGCAGACCCUCCGAAGGUCCUCUCUAAGAAGAAAGGGAUCAGCGACGAGCGAGGAAAAAGGAAGACCAACGAAGGGAAAGGACUUCCCGGCCCUACGAAUUUCCGGUGUCUCGGAAACUCGCCGAGGGAGGCAAAGAGCGAAUCGCAGGACUGCACCGCAGGGAAGGACUCGAUUCCAGGAGUGAAAAGAACCGCCAUGGAUCCCAAAAUCGGACUGCUCAGUCUACUCUGCGUCCUCGUGGUCCUGACGGAGAGAACCAGCGCAGGACCCUACUUUGACGACGAGGACGUCGGCGCACCGGUGGACUCGGAUUAUUCGGACAAUGCCCUGGAGAACCUGAUGCGCGCGGCGCAGGAAAAACGUUCCUCGUUGAUAUAUCUGUUUAGGCGAGCCUGCAUCCGACGAGGAGGAAAUUGCGACCACCGGCCGAACGACUGCUGUUACAGCUCCAGCUGCCGGUGCAACCUCUGGGGAUCCAACUGCCGCUGCCAGCGGAUGGGCCUCUUUCAAAAGUGGGGUUAAGGGGACCCCCGACCGAGCGCCGACACGGGAGAGACUUCCUAACCUCGCUAACCUCGUUCUUUCUCGGUUACCCUCUCGUUUACACCCCCGCUUCCCCCCUUCGCCCUGAUUUUAGGAACAGUGUCCAGAAUUCAUUUCUCAUCUCCGAAAGUGAACUCAAUUGCACCUGAAUUAAUCGACGCCGAGAGACCUCCUAACCUCACUUUUUUGCUCUCUACUUCGUUCACACCACGGCUUCCCUCUUUCGACCUGAUUUCUGGGUCUGCUCAGAUCUUUUCGACUUCGAUCGUUGGGUUCGGAAUUUAUCUUUAUUAUUAAUUCUCUUCUAGAAUAAUGCACUCCAUUUUCCACAUUCGAGCGGUCCCCGAUGUGCUCGGAAUUUCAUUCUGCUUUUCCAUUUAGAAGAAAGGAUCCCGUUUUCAACUAGCCAUCGGAAUUCUUCCUUUCCCCCGAUGAUGAAAUUCCGCGAAGAGGAAAUUUGAGAAAUUGAAGUGGUUGUCGACGCAGCUCGAUGUUUCUUUAUCUUCCUGGUUAUUUCAUGUUUUUUAGGGGAAAUUUUGUGACACUGGGAAUUAAAUCCGACGUUUUUAAGGCGGCUUUGAAUUGAGGUCGUCAGAGUCCGAUUAAGUUCCUUUAUGGCGGCCAUCUUGAUUAACGCACUCUCCUCGAGGAAGGGAAAGUGCUUCCCUUCGAAAGUUCAAUUUCCCCGAGGAAUUCCCGGAACUCGCUCUCGUCUUCCCCGGGCUCCGAAAUUUACCCGGUAUAAUGAAACAGCGGAAACGCAAGAUGAAAUAUGUAAAGGGGCUAAACCUUGACCUUAACCUUCCCUCGUGUUCCGCUCCUUCCUGAAGAGUACGUCUUGAUAAUGCGGUGCUAAGUUCCUGUGAAAUCUAGUUUUAAUAGAAUUAACUUAGGUCCUGUCGAAAAUCCUGGAUUACUCCCGGGAAGAUGGACCAUUCACUCCGAAUUAAACAUUUGCAAUUUUCAAUUUUUAAUUUUUAAUUAAUGUCACGUGUUUGGUUCGAGGUAGAAUUCGAUGCCGAAGAGUUACGAAAAUGGCAGGUUGUCAAUGCUGAAAUGAAAUGACCUCGAUAUUGGAAAUAUUGCAGGAUAUUCUCGAAAAUAAUUGGAAAAAAAAUAUCCGGCAGAGUUGCAUAUCUCUUGGAAUUAAAUUAUAAUCGGCGGAAUAUUAGGAAUUUUACAAGGCAUUGUUUUAAAUAAUUAAUGCGAAGGGAGAAAUGCGUUUGUUGACAUUGAGUUAUAAUUGUCCCAGGUAUAGAAGUCGAUGUUAAACGGACAUGGGGAAGACAGAUUAUCGAUAUUGAAAUGAAAUAUUCUCGAUACAGGAAAUUAUCCAAGGUAUUUUUAAAACAAUUAACGUGAAAGUUCAGAUCAGUCGCUCCAUUGGAAAGGCGUUUAACAUUAAAUGAUUAUUAACCAAGGAAUGGAAGUCGAUGUUGAACGGACAUGGGGAAGACAGUGUAUCGAUACAGAAAUAAAAUAUCCUCUGUAUAGGAAAUUUUGCAAGGUAUUUUUAAAACAAUUAACGCGACAGUCUAGAUCAGUCGCUCCGUUACAAAAUGCGUUUCUUAACAUUUAAUUUGCAUUACAACUGGCAAUGGCGACAAUGACUUCGAAGGUGCUCCGAUAUAUUGCGAUAUUGUUGUGUGUUUCGAGUAUCGUGCCAUUUUCCUUCAUGUAUAUCACGCCUGGGUGUUGAGCGCAUUAUCUUAUCUACUACGUUAUGCGAUGGUGAAUUUGUCCUUAACAAUGUAACUUGAAAAUAUAUGGAAUCUGUGGAAUAUACGAUGAAGAAAAGAAAAAGAGUCUCCCACUUUCCCGUCUCCCUCUUGUCGGCACGGAGACUUUUCUCGAACGAGAAUGUUUGGUUGAAAGUGGGUGCGAUAUAUAUAUACAUAAAUAAAUAUAUAUAAAUAAUAUUAAACAAAUGAAACAUCGCUCCGAUAUUUUUGAACUCGAGAGAAAGUGGAAAGUCGUCUCUGUAGACAGUAGAUAACGUCAACUUAAGAUAGUACUGCUUUAAUUGUUUUAGUUGUCCCUAGCCCUACUCUUGUCUUAGCACUAAAUGUUGUACGAGCAUGUUUCCUAAUUAAUUAAUUAGUUAAGAGGGCCAGUGAUUGUGCCGGGAAA